UAAAGGCUAUCCAGUGAUGCUUGUAAAUUGAAUUCGGCGUGGUUGCCAAAAUGAAAAUGCAGAGGACCAUCGUCAUUCGACGCGACUACCUGCAGUACAUUCAGAAGUACAACUGUUUUGAGAAGCGGCACAAAAACUUGUCGGUGCAUCUGUCGCCAUGCUUCAGAGAUGUCUCGAUCGGCGACUUUGUGACUGACGGUCGGGGAGUGCCGACCUCUCACCAAGACGUCCUCAAGGUGACAAAGGCGGCUGGUGCCAAGAAGCAAUUCCAGAAGUUCUAAGACCGCCGGCAGAAAUGUCACCUUGUAAUAAACUGUUUGAAUAUGA